AGUCAACAUCUAUCGACACGCCAAAAGAUUUCUAAAUCUAUCCAAUCUUUUAGAAGUUGUAAGGAAAGUUUUUAUUAUGACGUCACUGCAUUUUUGAACAACGGAGUUCAUAUAUUUGUGAGAGCGAAAGAAUAUUAAGCGGGGAUGCUACUCGUUCUUAGCUUGUAGUGUUUACCCUGCAGUUCGGCAGAGGGCGCCACCUCUGGGAGCGGAUUUAUAGCAAGAAUGGUGAGCUGAGUAACGGGUUUCGAGAAGGAAGCUUGUUACGUUCGGCAGAUGGCGCCACCCUAAGCCGAUUGUUUUCUGAGGGCAUACAUUAGUUGAUUUUAAAAUUGUUUAGUUGAGUAAGGGUUAUCUAAAAGUCGAGUCACGGAACUAUAGCGUUUCCUCUUCUUUUGAUAAGAGGGGUUUUUCGGGGUAGAUUUUCCAUUAAAAUGAGCUUAGCUCUUCGGAGCUUCGCAUUCGCGAUCGUUGUUCAGUUGAGUAGGUCGCUUUGAAGCAAUCGAAUUUGUAUAACUAUACCUCGUAAGCGAUAAGAGGCAACAUACAUAUAUGGGCUUGAGGACGUGGUUGUGCUGGACAGCAGUGCCGACGAUACUGUUUAUGCUUAUCCAAUGUGGCCGGGCGGAGGAGGAGGUGGCCCUGCCCUGCGAGAUGACCGCUUCGAGCUCCAACCAAACGUGGUGGCGGGAAGGCGGCGACGUGGACCUGUUCUGCGAGUGUAGCAACGCUGGAAAGGAUGUGAGUUUAAAGGAGCAUUUGACAAUGAAGUUCGACGGCAAUGAGGUGGUCAUAUCGGAGGUGGACAACAGUGGAACUACCUUUAAGGGAAAACCUGGACUUUUUAACCAGAACGCGCAAUUAAAGUUCGAGUGUUAUUUUGAUACGUACCUUCUUAAUGGAUUCCAUGUCAAAGUGUUCGCCCAGUUGAAUGUGACGGACUUUGAGUGCCGUUACCGAUACCAUGGAAGAGCUGAGAUAAGUUGCACCUUCACCCGAUUGGACGACGCUAACUUCUGGGACUUAACCCACUAUGAGCUUAUGGCGGACAACACUCCACUUGCCUGCAGUGUAAACAAGAAUAACGCCACGAAAAUUCAGUGCACUGUGGAUAUCAACGGAAACGACCUGAUACCCGAUAGUAUGAUUUUCAGACUCACCAUGCUCGACACCCUGGGCAACCAGACACAGGAGUUCAAUCGGACCAAGGACGAGAUGACGGAGCUGGAGUGGCCAGCGGAUCGUUACAUCAAUCAUACUUGCGUUUCGUGGAACCAUAUACACGUGCAAGGCUCCACGGAAACACUUGAAUGGGAUGUGCAGCUGCAGUGCGUCAAAUAUCCUCAACUGGUCAAGAAUCUAACAAGGUACACAGAGCGCAUCCCGAAGGACACGACGGAUAGGAUAUGCUUCGAAAAUCUGGAAGGGAAUCAGAAAUUCAUGGUGCGCUUAAAGCGUCGCCUCAAUGUGACCGGUGCACCCUGGUCGGAACAGCACCCCGAGAUCGUAAUCGAAACGGAUGCCACCCGACCAGCCCGCCCUCCAAAAUUUCUGCCCCUGGGCUACCAUUACAACCAGGACAAUCACGAGCUAAGGGUUUACUGGGAGCCGCUCGAGGAACUGGAAUUCAACGCUCCGGAACUGGAUUACGAAGUCACCACCAACACAGGCAAACUGGGCAAAUAUACCGACAGAACUUCCACGGUAUUCAAGGAAUGGGACUACGAAAACCCGGCCACAGUGUUUGUGGCGAGCAGGAAUAUAAAGGGCAUUUCGGUGAACAGGAGCCGGCUGGAGGUGCCCGAACUGUCCGAUGCCAUGGACCGAAGGUGCCAGGACUUGGCCCAUGACGACAACACCCAAAUCCUCACCUGGACAAAGCCCGUGGAGGAGAAAAAUCUCGAAGGCUACUUUGUCUACUGGUGCAACAAAACCACAUGCCAGGCGGAUGCUACCACAGAGCUAAAGUACGAUUUAUCCGACAUGAGUCCGAUUCGAAUGGCCGUGGCGGCCAACUAUGGUGCUGACAAGAGUGGCGGCAUGAAGUGGUUGCGUGAGGACAAAGUGGGGGUCACCGGCAGGAUCCGGUAUGUGGAGGGCAUCCUUGCCCUGCUGGUGCUCGGUGUCUUCUUCCUCGGUGUCCGGAAGCUUCGGAGUAUGGCGAAGAUCGAUGUUAAAGUGCCCCCGGGUGUGCUGAUGCCUAGUGCGCCCUUCGACCCUGACCAGUCUCGGCAAAUACAGCCCCAUCAGGGAAUUCCGCAUCCCAGAAUGCUUUAUUCAGACCUCAAGCAGACGGAACCCCCCGACGAUUACCCCGAUGUGCAGAUUGAAGUGGAGUUCGAGGUGGAGGUGGAGGCAAUCAUCCAGAGUUCCGCUGAAAACGUUUCUUAA